AGAUUUUUCAACUCUUCUCUAUUCUAUUUCUCUGCUUUAUCUUCCCUUUUCUCUUUCUUCUCUCGUCUUCUCCAAUUCAUAUCCUCUUUCUAGAUUCUUUCUCAAUAUUCAUUGUAUAAUUUCUUUAAUAUUAUAAGAAAGGGGAUUUUUUUCUUGUAAAUCUGUACAAUUCACGUUCAAAAAUUCAACAAAAUCGUUGAAUAAUUAGAAAGAGAAAGAGAGAAAAAAAAUGCUGAAUCAAAAAGCAGUCAAUCAAUACUCGAUUUAGUCUUCUUGAUUAUUCAUCAGAUUCAAAACGUAGUUCAAGAUUCCCAUGAUGAUGAUGAAUUGAUCAUAAUUGAUUGUCCCAGCAAAUGAUCACUUUACUUAUCUAAAACCCUAAUUUUUCAAUUUUUUUUAAGUUUAGGUCAAUUUUGGUUGUGAAUUAAUGGCGCAGACUGAAGUAUACGCGCCGAAAUCCGGUCAAUUAUGGAAGACAGUGAUGAAUUGGUUAGCGUUUUUGUUUCAGAUCUUCGUUCAGAUGGUGAGAGGUACUCCUUCCAUUUUUCAAAUCUUUGAUAGCAUUGGUUUUAGCCAUGGUGGACAAUCUUCCUUUCUGUCUCCUUCUUCGUCUUCUCCCUCUUUUAAGCCUCUUCCUGUCGUCGAGGUUGCGCUACAUAGUAGCUCCGCCACUGCUGUCGAUAUCAAUGCUGCUGAUGAUGAAGAGGGUGGAAAUUCUACUGCUCUUCCAUUGGAUAAGUUCACUGUUGUCCUUGAUUUGGAUGAAACUUUAGUGUGUGCAUAUGAGACCUCUAGUUUACCACCAACACUUUGUACACAAGCAACAGAAGCAGGAUUGAAUUGGUUUGAGCUGGAAUGUGUAUCAUCAGACAAAGAAUGUGAAGGGAAGCCCAAAAUCAGUUACGUGACUGUGUUUGAACGUCCUGGAUUGCAUGAGUUCUUGGAGCAACUUAGUGAAUUUGCAAAUUUGAUUCUAUUCACAGCUGGACUUGAAGGUUAUGCUAGACCUCUUGUUGACAGAAUUGAUGCUAAAAACCGGUUCAGUCGUCGUUUGUAUCGGCCAUCGACUACAAGCACGGAGUACCGGGAUCAUGUGAAGGAUCUCUCCUACAUUUCACAUGAUCUCUGCAGAGUAGUCAUCGUCGAUAACAAUCCAUUCAGUUUCUUAUUGCAGCCACUAAAUGGGAUCCCAUGUGUUCCAUUCUCUGCAGGACAGCCGCAUGAUGAUCAGCUUCUCGAAGUCUUACUUCCACUCCUGAAGCAACUCUCACUUCAGGAUGACGUGAGGCCUGUACUAUACGAUAAAUUCCAUAUGCCCGAGUGGUUCCAAAAACACGGAAUCCCUUCCUCUGGUCAGACAUUGUAGUAACAGCCUGAAGAGCAUUAUUCUUUGGCAGGUAACUUAUGUGUUUUGUAAACCUGUAUUAUUUGAAUGUGUAUAGUCAAACUUCGAAAACGAGGCAUUUAUCAGAUCUAAAUUCUUUUCAGUCUCUCUGAGAUUUCAGUGCUUCAGUUAAGACCAGAAUGUGCCUUUUCUUUCUGUAUGUAGCUUUGAAAUUUGUAUGCCUUGGGACUGGCCCUGUAGUCCUGUAAGUUUCAAAACUUGUAUUAUGCUCAGAAAGCUAAUAGAUGUAUCAUGCUGGUUGAGAUAGUUUAAUAUUAUGUAUAUUUGUUUUUAAAAAGUUGUUUAUAGCAGCAUGUUUGAAA